AUGGCUUCAGCUCAGUCGAUCCAAAACUGCACAGAUACAGUGCACAAUGCGAACGAGCGCGAAGAAGCAAUUGAUGUGGAUGCGGGGCCUAAGGGCAAAACCACGAAGGUCGAGCAUUUGGACGUGCUCGCCGACAAGGCCUUCGUGAUCUUCAUGUCCACACUUCUUCUCACGCAGCUAUUGGAUCUUCAGGGAUUGGUUUGGCCUGCGAGUCCUCAGCGUUGGGAAAACUUCCUCCUCCUUUGGGUGCCGGGCUUGGUUGGCAAUUAUGUCUCCCUACCGGUCAUCGCCAAACUAUCAGAAAAGCUGCAGCCCGGAAGAAGCCGGUGCAGCUUUAUCGGGCCAGCCUUAUUGUCGGUAACUUCAACUGGCUCGUAA